CCUCUACUAUCAGAGGGCUGGAAGAGUCGGGAAAAAAACUAGCGAGCGAUCGACAUAAACUCGGACUGCAAACUUUCUCCUCACACCGAUACCUCGAAGAAAUGGAGCUGGGAUUAUGGAAUUAAAGCCCGGAUCGCUUGCGAUGGAGAUGUUAUUGCUGGGUCUGCUGCUUUGUUGUAGUCUGACUGUGAUUCGCGGUUCUCCCCUGUUGCUCUUUGCCAACCGACGGGAUGUUCGGCUCGUGGAUGCCGAGGAAGGCCGGACGGAAUCCGCCGUGGUCGUCAAUGAUCUGGAGGAUGCGGCCGCAGUGGACUUUCUCUUCUCGGAGGGACUGAUAUUUUGGACGGAUGUCAGUGAAGAGGCUAUUAAACAGACCUACUACAACUUCUCUUCUACCUUUAUAAAGGAGGCCACACUGGGCAGAGGGCAGACUGCGGUGGUUUCAGGUCUUGAUUCGCCUGACGGCCUAGCCUGCGACUGGCUCGGCCGCAAACUCUACUGGACCGACUCGGAGACGAACCGCAUCGAAGUGGCUAACUUGGACGGCACCUCUCGCAAGGUCCUUUUCUGGCAAGAUCUGGACCAGCCCAGGGCCAUAGCAUUGAACCCUGCCCAUAGGUACAUGUACUGGACGGACUGGGGGGAGGAGCCAAGAAUUGAGAGGGCGGGCAUGGACGGUACCAGUCGACAAAUCAUCGUAAAGACUGAAAUCUAUUGGCCCAACGGAUUGACUAUUGACCUAGAGGAGCAGAAGCUUUAUUGGGCGGAUGCCAAGCUCAGCUUCAUUCACAAGGCCAACUUGGAUGGCACUGCACGGGAGGCAGUUGUGCAAGGGUCACUCACCCACCCGUUCGCCCUCACGCUUUACAACCAAACGCUUUACUGGACCGACUGGCAGACGCGCUCCAUCCACGCCUGUAACAAGCACACCGGGGAGAAGCGGAGAGAAAUUCUUAAUGGGAUUUACGCGCCGAUGGACAUCCAGGUGCUCGGCUCUGAGCGACAGCCCAACAUUCAAACUCCGUGCAGCGAAGGAAACGGAGGCUGUUCCCAUCUGUGCCUUCUUUCCCCCGUGCCGCCCUUCUACAGCUGUGCCUGUCCAACGGGGGUUCAACUGAAAGAGGACGGGAAGACCUGCAGACCAGGUGCCGAACAGGUCCUCCUGCUGGCUCGCCGCACCGACCUCCGACGAAUCUCUUUGGACUUACCCGACUUCACGGAUAUAGUCCUGCAAGUCCGAGACAUCCGCCAUGCAAUCGCUAUCGACUAUGACCCGGUGGAGGGUUACGUCUACUGGACGGAUGACGAGGUCAGGGCCAUCAAACGCUGCCGCAUCGACGGAAGUGAUGCUGAAACGCUGAUCACCAACGAAAUCGACCAUCCCGACGGGAUCGCGGUGGACUGGGUGGCACGCAACCUUUACUGGACAGACACGGGCACUGACCGCAUCGAGGUGACCAGACUCAACGGCACUUCUCGACGUGUGCUCAUAUCGGAGAACUUGGACGAACCGAGAGCCAUCGUGCUGGAUCCUGUGAAUGGGUUCAUGUACUGGACCGACUGGGGUGAGAUACCCAAAAUCGAACGGGCCAACCUGGAUGGCACAGAACGUGUCGUUUUGCUGAAUACUUCGCUUGGGUGGCCCAAUGGUUUGGCUGUAGAUUCCGUUGCAGGAAAGCUGUACUGGGGAGAUGCAAAGACGGACAAAAUUGAGGCAAUAAAUGUAGACGGCACCAAUCGGAUGACCAUUCUGGAGGACAAACUGCCUCACAUUUUCGGUUUCACUCUGUUGGGAGAGUUUAUCUACUGGACGGACUGGCAGCGGAGGAGCAUCGAAAGAGUUCACAUCCCCAAUGGCACCCGCGAGGUCAUCAUCGAGCAACUUCCCGACCUCAUGGGCCUCAAAGCUACGAAGGUCACGGAAACCUACGGUACCAACGGCUGCGCGGAAAACAACGGCGGCUGCAGCCAUCUGUGUUUCCAUCGGCCGCAGGGUCUCAGCUGCGCCUGCCCCAUGGGUCUGGAGCUCCUGAGUGACCUGCGGACGUGUGUUGUCCCAGAGGCCUUCCUGCUCUUUACCAACCGUGCAGACAUCCGAAGCAUCUCGCUGGGCACCAACAGCAAUGACGUGCCCAUCCCGCUCACCGGGGUCAAGGAGGCGUCCGCACUGGACUUUGAUGUUUUGGAGAAUAGAAUCUACUGGACCGAUGUUAGCACCAAGACUAUCAGUAGAGCCUUUAUGAAUGGCAGUUCGGUGGAACCAGUGAUCGAGUUUGGUCUGGACUAUCCCGAGGGCAUGGCCGUAGAUUGGAUGGGUCGAAACCUUUAUUGGGCUGACACCGGUACCAACCGCAUUGAGGUGGCUCGCCUGGACGGCCAGUACCGACAAGUGCUGGUCUGCAAAGACCUGGAUAACCCACGUUCUCUAGCACUGGAUCCCGCCAGCGGGUACAUGUACUGGACUGAAUGGGGAGGUCGACCCAGGAUCGCCCGCGCUCACAUGGACGGCAGUAACAUUGUGACGUUGGUAGACAAAGUGGGCCGAGCCAACGGGCUCACCAUCGACUACAUCGACCAACGUCUUUACUGGACAGAUCUGGACACCUCCAUGAUCGAAUCUACAAACAUGCAAGGUUUGCAGAGAGAGAUCGUUGCGGAUGAUCUUUCACAUCCUUUCAGUUUGACCCAGUACCGUGACUACAUCUACUGGACGGACUGGAACCUGCGCAGCAUCGAGCGAGCGGACAAGCGCAGCGGGUUGAACCGCACAGUGGUGCAGGGCCAUCUAGAAUACGUCAUGGACAUCCUGGUUUUUCACUCCUCCAGACAAGAUGGCUCCAACGAGUGUUCGCAAAACAACGGACACUGCGCCCACCUCUGCCUGGCGUCACCCUCAGGAGCCCAGUGUCGCUGUGCUUCACACUAUACCCUUGAGGCGAAUGGACUCAACUGCAGCUCGCCCUCUAGCUUCCUCCUAUUCAGCCAGAAGAGCUCCAUCAGUCGAAUAGUCCAAGGAGAACAAAGUCCAGACAUGAUUCUGCCCAUCCACGUUAUGAAGAAUCUUCGUGCCAUCAGCUUCGACCCCCUGGAGAGGUUGGUGUACUGGGUGGACGGGAGACAGAACAUCCGGAGGGCUCGAGAUGACGGCACUCAGGCAUCUACUGUGAUGACACCAACCAACCUCCACCCAAAGCAGCCCCACGAUUUGAGUCUAGACCCCUACAGCCGCACUGUCUACUGGACCUGCGAGGCAACCAACACGAUCAACAUCCAUCGCAUGGACGGGGAUGUCGUCGGAGAGGUCCUGAAGGAUGACGGGGACAAACCGCGUGCUAUUGUGGUGAAUGCUGAGAAAGGGUACAUGUACUUUACCACAGUACAGGAUCGCUCGGCUAAAAUAGAAGGUGCGUCUUUGGAUGGAACAGAGCGUGAAUCUCUUUUCACGACCGGACUGAGCCGGCCCGUAGCCCUGGCUCUGGACAACAAGCUGGGCAAACUAUUUUGGGUGGAUGCCGACCUGAAACGCAUUGAAAGCAGCGACCUGUCUGGGGCCAAUCGGAUCAUUCUCCAGGACUCCAACAUCCUGCAGCCUGUGGGCCUGACGGUCUUGGGUGAUCAUCUGUACUGGAUUGACAGACAGCAGCAGAUGAUCGAGCGUGUUGAUAAGCUGAACGGAGAGAAGAGAACCCGCAUUCAGGGCCGGAUCCAGUUUCUUACCGGCAUUCAUGCGGUCGAGUACAUGGAACCAGAAGAGUUUGCAUCUCACCCUUGUUCCCGUGACAACGGAGGCUGCUCUCACAUCUGCAUUGCUAAGGGAGACGGAACACCACGCUGCUCGUGUCCCACGCACCUGGUCCUGCUACAAAAUCUGCUUAGCUGUGGAGAACCUCCCACCUGCUCUAGCGAGCAGUUCACCUGUGCCACCGGCGAGAUCGACUGUAUCCCCAUGGCGUGGCGGUGCGACGGCAUCGCGGAGUGCGCGGACCACAGCGAUGAGAUGAACUGCCCUAUCUGCUCCGGUCUCCAGUUCCAGUGCGACAAAGGCCAGUGCGUGGACGCUCAGCUGCGAUGCAACGGAGAACCCGACUGCGCAGACGGCUCCGACGAGCAGGAUUGCGAGACCAUUUGUAUGCCCAAUCAGUUCCGAUGUGGAAACAGCCAGUGUAUCCUGAAAAAACAACAAUGCGACUCAUUCCCAGACUGCGCAGACAACUCCGAUGAGCUCUUUUGUGAUUUCACAACCCCCAACGAUCUCCCUCGGCACACCAGCACCAUCGGACCUGUCAUCGGCAUCAUCCUCUCUGUGUUUGUGAUGGGUGGCAUGUGUUUCGUGUGCCAGAGAGUCGUGUGUCGCCAUUACAAGGGCUCCAAUGGAGGCUUUCCACAUGAGUAUAUCAGCGGGACCCCUCACGUCCCCCUUAACUUCAUAGCGCCCACGAACACGCAACACGGCACUUUCACAGGUAUAUCCUGUGGGAAGUCUAUGAUGAGUUCAAUGAGUCUCAUGGGCAGUAGUAGCAGUGGGGCGCCUCUAUACGACAGGAACCAUGUAACGGGAGCUUCCUCCAGUAGCUCGUCCAGCACCAAAGGAGCGUUUUACCCACAGAUUCUCAACCCUCCUCCAUCGCCAGCAACAGAUCGCUCACUUUACAAUGCGGAAGUGUUUUAUUCCUCCACCAGUCCAUCCACAACUCGGUCUUACAGGCCUUACAUGCGAGGGGUCGCGCCCCCCACCACCCCCUGCAGCACAGACGUGUGUGACAGCGACUACACCACCAGCCGCUGGAAAAGCAAUAAGUACUACGUGGACCUCAAUUCAGACUCUGACCCCUACCCCCCACCCCCCACUCCACGGAGCCAAUACAUGUCAGCGGAGGAGAGCUGCCCUCCCUCGCCCUCCACGGAACGCAGCUACUUCCACCUGUGUCCCCCGCCGCCCUCGCCCUGCACGGACUCCUCAUGACACCUGGCAAGCAGCCACGCCCUGUACAUAGUUUUAAAUAGUCCAAACAAGAUUCUAUUUUAUUCUUUUCCACACGCUCGUUCGAGAAACAUUUCAGAUCGCCGGGGGAGAACGGGAGAUGCUUUUAAGGAUAUUCGCAAACGGAAAGUUGGAACAUUUUUGGCACGACUCGCGCGUUAUAUUCAAGUGUUUUUAAAGGUUCUUUGUGCCCCGUGAGCUUUGCAAUACACGAGUCCGUUAAAUAUCAACUUGAAUGCAAACGUCCCCAUUUCAGGAUGGUUAAAAUAACCUUUUUUGAGAUUGCUCUGAAGUAGUAUCAAACCAAAUCGUCAACAAACACCAAAACAAGAUGCUGCGAUGGAGUUGUACAUAUGUGUAAUUAGGUAAAUAAUAAUUGUUUUUCGUAAUGGCCAUGAGGUGUUGUUUUGAUUCUAUUCUAUGUGAAAAGGAUACGAUUCCAAGCGUGUGUUUGGCUUGUCCUGUUUACCAAAAGUGUGUCUGCUGCUAUUGUACAUAAUAAUAAUGAAUGAAACAGCCAGCUUAAACAUGUUUGUUUAUAAUGAAACUGACCAUAGACCAUUAUAUCAUUGUUUUGAUUCUCAUGCUGUUAAUCUCAUUGCAAAGAUCUUUAGUUGUGUAUAGUCCUAUCUGAUUAUACAUGUGAAAUUAUUUUGAAGGAGUGAACGUACUUAUAGACUUAGAGACUGUUUGGUUUCAGCUUCUGUCUUAAAGAGACAGUAACCAAACCUGGAUGCAAGAUCUUGUGUACUGAACUAUUUAAAAAAAGUGAAAUGAAAUAAUAAUAAUGUUACUAUGUUGCUAUGAUUUCAACACUUGGUCAAUUGUACCAUAAUACUAUGGUAAGAAAACGUUACUUUGUAAUUUAUCAAACAUGCAGUUUAGAAAAGAGUUUCAGGUUUUGUUUUUAGGGAAGGUAAAAAAUUCAACCAUUUCCCCAUAGUUCCUCAUAAACAGCAAGUUGUUUAUUCAGGUGAAAACAUGUCUUGGAGCAGAUUUAUGUCUGUUUGAUCAAAAUGGUCUAGAAUUGUAUUUUAAUUUUGUUGGCAAAUUAAGCACUUAACAAAAUGACUCUCGCGUUAAGACUAGAUUUGAAUUAGAUGUAGAAAAAAGGAGAUCAGCUGUAUGAUUAAAUGAGCUUCAUUUUAACUCGAACUGAUUGUUUUUACAGUAAUUCAUUUAACAGUGUCUUUUAAUGCAAAAAUUAGAUUCCCAUAAAAAAAAUCUUUAUCUAAAAAAGUUCUAUAUAGAUCAGCAUUAAAACUAUUAUAACCCUUAAGGUCGUUGUACCGCGUCAUCUGAUUGUGACUGAAUUGCGUUUGUUUGGAUUUUAUACCACUUUGGUUUGAACCUGUAUAAAUCAAACCAUCCACUCACACUGGGGGCUUUUGCUCUUCAGUGCACCAUCAAAUCUGUGUUUUGUGUACAAAUGCCUCAUAUAAUGCACACUUGUGACAAUUUUUGUAUCAAAAGCAUUUUUUAUAUAAUAAAGGUUUUAUUUUAAGAAAUGUG